AUGCAGAUUCACUGUGCAGUCAACCCAGCUACAUUCCUAGACAGAGAGCAGCCCGUCUCUGAAGUCAUGACUUCCACCGGCUUUGACCCGUACUUCCCCUCUUCCUACAAGAGGAGAGUGGUGGUGCGCAGUGCAGGAUAUGGAGCUGGUGGAGGAAUAGGCUCUAGGUCUGCCUACUCCAGCCAUGCAGCCCCAUUAACUUCCUAUGCAUCGCUACGCAGAAGUUAUCCAACUCAUGCCCGAGUUACCUCCAGCUACUCCUCUGUGCUUUCUGCUCCAGUGUCCGCAGCUGCCACUGAGCUACGACUUGACCAGGCAGCCCAGGUCAGCUCUGAGUUCAAAACACUAAGGACCCAGGAGAAGGCUGAGCUGCAGGGCCUGAAUGACCGCUUUGCAAGCUUCAUUGAGCGGGUCCAUGAGCUGGAGCAGCAGAACAAGUUGCUGGAGACUGAACUUCUGCUGCUCAGGCAGAGGCAGACGGAGCCAUCCAACCUCAGGGCCCUGUAUGAGCAUGAGAUCCGCCAGCUCCGAGCUGCCGUAGAUGAGGCUCACCAUGAAAAGCAAGCUGCCCAGGAUCACAGGGAUGAGAUGGAAGAUGUGCUGAGGGACCUGCAAAAGCGCUAUGAGGAUGAAGUGCUCGGCAGAGCAGAAGCAGAGGGCAGGCUCAUGGAUGCCAGGAAGGGAGCAGAUGAAGCUACACUGAGCCAGGCUGAGCUUGAGAAAAGAGUCAGGAACCUGCUGGAUGAGCUAGACUUCCUGAAGCGCCUCUGUGAGAGUGAGAUUGCAGAGCUGCAGGCCCAAAUACAGUACAGAGCAGAUGUGUCAGUGGAAAUGGAGGUCGCUAAACCUGACCUGUCUGCUGCUCUCCGUGACAUCCGAAUGCAGUAUGAGAAGCUGGCCCAACGCAACCUUCAGUCAGCCGAAGAGUGGUUCUGCAACAAGAUGAAUGUGAUGACAGUAGGCACUGUUCGCAACACUGAGAGUGCAAGACAUACCAAAGAUGAGGCUGGAGAAUACCGCCAGCUCCUCAAAACCAGGACGCUGGAGAUUGAUGCCUGCCGUGAGAUGAACCAAGCUCUGGAAAAUCAGCUGCAGGAUGUGGAGGAAAAACAGAGUGCUGAGAUCUCUGCACUGCAGGAUACAAUAGGUCAACUGGAGGAAGAGUUGAGGGCAAACAAGAAUGACAUGGCCCGCUACUUGAAAGAUUAUCAGGACCUCUUGAAUGUGAAGAUGGCCUUGGAUAUUGAAAUUGCAGCCUACAGGAAGCUCCUUGAAGGAGAAGAGAACCGUUUGAAUGUGGCAAGUAUGGGGUCCGUCACCGCCUACUCCCAGGCCAUGUAUGCUGUUCCCUCUUAUGGAAGAACACAGAUCUCCAUGCAGGCUCAGCUGAGCUCUGCAGCUCCGUACCUGCUGAGCUCCCGCUUUUACACUUCAUCAGUCUUCAAAGAGGAGACAAUAUCCGCAAGCCAAGCACAGCAGGCGGAGGCCAGCGCCCCUCAAGAAGACGACGAUGAGCAAGUGGAAGAAGAAGAGAAGGAGGAAGAGGAGGAGGAGCAGGUAGAAGAGAAGGAGGAGGAGGCAGAGAAAGAGGAAGAGCAGGGAGAAGAGGGGGAGGAAGUGGAGGAGGAGGAGGAAAAACAAGAGGAAGGAGAGGAAGAAGCAGAUGAAAAAGAGGGUGAGGCAGAGGAUGAAGCAAAAGAAGAUGACGAGCAAGGAGGAGAUGAGAGCCAACCCCAAGAAGAGGCCGACGCUGAGCAGAAGGAGGCAGGAGGUGAAAAAGAAGAGGAGGUGGAGGCUGAAGAGAAAAAACCAACAGAUAGAAAAGUUUAAAUUUACAUGCUUUAAAAACACCCGCUAGCCUGUAGCUAAAGGAUCUCCGGUGCUCUACAUACAGAGAUGUUUGUCUCAGUCAAACCAAAUGAGAAUCUCUUGAAAUCAGAAGUGUCAGUGAACCUACCAUGUGUAUGAUCAACUCGAAUGACUUAUAGCAUGUACGCACACAUGCACACUGUGCCGGCAAAGAAAUUAAACUACUUAAAAGCUAAUCAAUUAACUGACGAUGACAGGAUGUGUCCGGAGUAGAAAAUCUGCUUUGUGGAGAUAUGUUUGCAAACACCUGUGUGCUUUAUUGCCACCAAAACAUGCCUGUAACACGACUGUCUGUAUGUGCAAUACCCAGUUUGAAAUGCCUUACUCACUGAGUGCUUUUAGUCCGUGAUGUGCUGCACUGAAUUCCAAUAAAGCCUUGAAGCCUUGACAACCUUGA